GCCUGUGCCGAGGGGCAGGGCCGGGAGGCGGGCGCCCCCUUCCCUCCGCUUCCCGUCCCUUCCCCUUCCCCCCAUGGCGGCGCUGGGCGGCACGGCGCGGCUGGCGGCGGCGGCGGCGGCGCAGCGCGGGGCGGCGGCGGCGGCGCUGUGAGGAGGCGCAGCGCGGGGCCUGGGCCUGCCGGGCGGGCGGGCGCCGGGCUAUGGCGGGCCGCGGCCGCCGCGCCUGGCUCAGCGUGCUGCUGGGGCUGGUGCUGGGCUUCGUGCUCGCCUCGCGGCUCGUCCUGCCCCGCGCCUCCGAGCUGGCGGCGGCGGCGCGGCCCCGUCGGAGCCGCCCGUUGGGGUGCCGCCCGCCGCCGGCAGCAGCCGCAGCCGCCGCCGCCCCUCUCCUCCUCCCGCAGCCGCGCCGCCCCGGUCCGCCGGCGCAGAGCUUCCUCUUCGUGGGGGUGAUGACGGCGCAGAAGUACCUGAGGAGCCGCGCCGUGGCCGCGCACCGAACCUGGUCCAAAAGCAUUCCUGGCAAGGUUGAAUUCUUCUCCAGUGAGGGUUCGGACACCUCCAUCCCCAUCCCCAUUGUGCCGCUCCCAGGCGUCGAUGACUCUUACCCACCCCAGAAGAAGUCUUUCAUGAUGCUCAAAUACAUGCAUGACCACUACUUGGACAAAUACGAAUGGUUUAUGAGAGCCGAUGACGACGUUUACAUCAAAGGGGACAAACUGGAGAACUUCCUGAGGAGUUUGAACAGCAGCGAGCCCCUCUUUCUUGGACAGACCGGCCUGGGCACCACGGAGGAGAUGGGGAAGCUGGCGCUGGAGCCGGGCGAGAACUUCUGCAUGGGGGGACCCGGAGUGAUCAUGAGCCGGGAGGUCCUGCGGAGAAUGGUGCCCCACAUUGGCGAGUGCCUGCGAGAGAUGUACACCACCCACGAGGACGUGGAAGUGGGAAGAUGCGUGCGGAGGUUUGCGGGCGUGCAGUGCGUGUGGUCGUACGAGAUGCAGCAGCUGUUUUAUGAAAACUAUGAGCAGAACAAAAAAGGCUACAUCAGAGACCUGAGGAACAGCAAAAUACACAGAGCUAUAACGUUGCACCCGAACAAGAACCCCCCCUACCAGUACAGACUGCACAGCUACAUGCUGAGCCGCAAGAUAGCAGAGCUGCGUCACCGGACCGUGCAGCUGCACCGAGAAAUUGUCCUGAUGAGCAAAUACAGCAAUACAGAAGUCCACAAAGAGGACCUGCAGCUGGGCAUGCCGCCCUCCUUCAUGCGAUUCCAGCCCCGGCACCGGGAGGAGAUCCUGGAGUGGGAGUUCCUUACGGGCAAGUACCUGUACUCUGGUGCUGAUGGGCAGCCCCCUCGCAGGGGGAUGGACUCGUCCCAGCGGGAAGCGCUGGAUGACAUCGUGAUGCAGGUCAUGGAGAUGAUCAACGCGAACGCUAAGACCAGGGGGAGGAUCAUCGAUUUCAAGGAGAUACAGUAUGGCUAUCGCAGGGUAAACCCGAUGUAUGGAGCAGAGUACGUGCUUGACUUGUUGCUGCUUUACAAAAAACACAAGGGCAAGAAGAUGACCGUCCCUGUCAGGAGGCACGCGUACUUGCAGCAGACCUUCAGCAAGAUCCAGUUUAUGGAGCACGAAGAGAUGGACGCCAAAGAGCUGGCCAGCAAAAUCAACCAGGAUUCUGGGUCCUUGUCUUUCCUCUCCAACUCGCUGAAGAUGUUUGUUCCUUUCCAGCUCAGCAGAUCCAGAGUAGAGAGGAAGGAACUCAAAGACCAGAAGAUCAACAUCCUGAUUCCUCUCUCUGGACGUUUUGAUAUGUUUGCAAGGUUCAUGGGGAAUUUUGAGAAGACCUGCCUCAUUCCCAACCAGAAUGUCAAGCUGGUUGUCCUGCUCUUCAAUUCCAACUCCAACCCUGACAGAGCAAAACAAAUCGACCUGAUGAGAGAAUACCGCUCCAAAUACCCCAAGGCUGACAUGCAGGUUUUACCGGUGUCUGGGGAGUUCUCGAGGGCACUGGCUCUGGAAGUCGGAUCCUCUCAGUUCCAGAACGAGUCUUUACUUUUCUUCUGCGAUGUUGACUUAGUGUUUACCACAGAAUUCCUCCAGAGGUGUCGAGCCAAUACAGUUUUGGGUCAACAAGUAUACUUCCCCAUCAUUUUCAGCCAGUACGAUCCAAAGAUUGUGUAUAGUGGAAAGGUUCCUAGUGACAAUCAUUUUGCCUUCACCCAGAAAACAGGUUUCUGGAGGAACUAUGGCUUUGGUAUUACCUGCAUUUACAAAGGUGACCUUCUUCGAGCGGGGGGCUUCGACGUCUCCAUCCAAGGCUGGGGCCUCGAAGACGUCGACCUUUUCAACAAAGUCAUUCAAGCCGGCUUAAAAACUUUCCGAAGCCAAGAAAUUGGAGUAGUCCACGUGCAUCACCCUGUUUUUUGUGACCCUAAUCUUGAUCCAAAACAAUAUAAAAUGUGCUUGGGGUCCAAAGCUUCCACGUAUGGGUCCACGCAGCAGCUGGCUGAAAUAUGGUUUGAAAAAAACGACCCCAGUUUUGGGAAAAGCAGCAAUACUAAUGGCUCAGUGAGGACAGCCUAAUGUCCAGCUAUGCUGGAAAAGACUUUUUUUUUAAUUAUCUAAUUUAUUUUUGGGAAAAUGUUUUUUGAUAAUUCACUUUUAAAAGACCACACAGGAUAUAUUUUAGCAAUCAUCGUUGUUUUCUUACAAAGCGCUCACUUGGAGAAGGACGAGGCCGUUGGUUUUUCUGUUGUUGUCUUUUUGUUUUUGAACGAAACUGUGAUCAAUAUUUGCCUUCAGACCAAGCAACCAACCCAACCGUUCCGGAGUUACCUGAGUGAGCUGCAGGCGCCUGACUUGAAUUAGAAUUUCCUUAGGAACAAAAGAUUGUUUCCUACCUUUCCCGUUGCUGGAUUCUGUCGGUUGGGAGCUGAGCGCUCGAGGGACAAAGCGCUGCGUCCAAGUGUUCUGUUGUGACCCCCACAGUGCAAAGCUGCCCUGUUUUGUUGAGGAUAGCCGUGCUUUUUGAAAUCAAACCAUGUCAGAACAAACGAAUGGGUGCGGCGGCGGGAUGGGCGUUCGUUGCAGGAGGUUUCCAUAAGGCCCAUGGUUUGGGUUGCACGUGCACUUCCCCUUGUCCCGGGCGGGCAGCCCGCACCCCGCAGAGCCCGGGUGGAAAUCAUUGUCUUUUAUCUCUGGUCCGUAUCCGGAUCUCAUGCAUUAAGAAUCCGUGGUGGAUUCUGUGUGUUAUCCUCAACCGCUGUCCUGCACGGAGCUGAGACUGAGAGAGAGGCGGAAGGGAACGGAGGGCAUGAGAAUCACUUGCAGAGAAGCAGCAGUGCACCAGGAACAAGGAGAGCUCCCUCGUGAGAACUUUGCAAGCACUUCUCUACAAAGUGUGCUGCAGCCGAUCGCGUUACUUUGUUCGAUCAGUUACCUGAUGUUAAUGGGAACAAUUACUACAUUCGAUUACUAGUUGGGUUUUUUUUUUCCAUUUUUUUUUUCCUGUAUCUGAUAGACCUUUAAUUUAUUUAAUAUCCAUUGUUUUAGGUUCUUGACCUUUCCUUGAAUAUCUGUUAGUCAUUUUAAUAUUUUAUAUAUAUAUAUAUGUGUGUGUAAAUAUAUAUAUAUAUAUAUAUUAGGAAUGUAUUGCAUCUUCUCACUGAUAAGGUAGUGUACAUCGUAUUGCAGCAAAUGAUCUCCAAAGAUUACUUUCUAAAAUGUUUUGGUGUUUUUUUUUUAAUGGAUUUCCCCCCCCCACCCCCCAAAUUUCUUUAACAUUUUUGGAACGACGUCAGAAAGGUGAGGAGUCUUUGUGGUAUUCGGAGAGGAACUGCGGAUGGGGAGGCUGAGUACAAGGACAGGACGACCCCUACAAAGGAACACCUAGCAAGGUUAGAGCAAACAUACAAAACAAAGUGCCUUAAAGCCAGAAAGGGAACCCUUUACACUGAGACUUACACAGUGAAUGGCCGUUGUCAUUGAAGCAGGUGAUGUAUCGGGACCCACCUACCUGUAAAUAUCUUGCUCAGCAGAAACAAAAAAUAAAAACCAGCGAACAAUAUAUUUUUCUAUCGUAUCCUCCAGCACCAUUUUGUCUCAUUGAUCUCAGUCCCACUUUGCCUAUUCUUUGGGAAGUGGAGAAUAGCAAAAGAAAGGAGAGAAACCAGUGCUAAGGUUGUUGCCACGUUGGAGGGGAUCUUAUGGAGCAAUUGCUAUUCUGGUAGAAAAAAAAAUAACCAUUGUUUACACGUGUAUGGAAUAUGAACUGCAGCUAGUGUAGAUUCAAUGUCUUUUAGAUGUUCAUCGUUUUUUGGUGACAGUCCCAAGGAUGUAGGUACUUGGAUGGAUUCAGUGCAUGGAAUUUUUUUUUUUAAAGACUUGCUUCUAAGAUGCAAUAAAGUUUUUUUUUUUAUUUGCAA